AUGAAUCGCCAGCGCCUGGUUCUUCUCCUUGAAGACACGAUUUACAUCUACGACGUCACCAACCUCAACAUGUACACCCCAGCCAUGGAGCACAGCAGCGCAGCCGAAGAACCUCCCGUUUUCCACUACUUGGCCUACCCCAGCAAGCCCGGUAGCGGCGAGGUCAACGUUUACGAUGUCAUUGCCAUGCGGAUAGUGACGACCAUCUCUGCACAUCAAACAGAGUUGGCCUGCCUCGAGUUUAGCAACCGGGGAGAUCGCCUCGCCACCGCCUCAGUCAAGGGCACCGUCUUUCGAGUUUUUGACAGCACCAACGGUGACAAACUCUUUGAGUUGCGCCGCGGCUACUCUACCACGGCCCUCAUUCGUCACAUGACCUUUUCGGAGGACGCCAACUGGUUGUGUGUCAGCAGCAACAAGUCAACUGUGCACGUCUUCAAGCUCUUUCAGGCCGAAGCUCCACCGGCCGAGGCCUCAUGGUCGUCCUACCUGAGCAGCACGCUUCAGUAUGCGGCCGGCUACUUGCCCACGACCGUCACCGAGGUGUGGACUCAGGAACGCAGCUUUGCCCAAGCCAUGCUGCCCGAAGAUGUUGGCGAGCACAUUGCGACGAUGGGUGGUACCCCCGAGUCACCAACCAUCAUGGUCGUCUCUCACGACGGCUGGCUGUUCCAAUAUAACAUCAACGUGAUCGAAGGAGGUGAAUGUGGAACGCCGCGAAAGCAUCGUGUUGAUGGGUCCGAUGCCAAGCCUGCCGAGGACGCAGCAGCACACAAACCCUCAACGCCUUGAGGACCAUAUGUUUUCAAUCCAUCUCUUUCCCAUC